AUGGGAAGGAGGGGAAUUCGGUUCAGGAAAGAUCAUAUAAGCGAUCUGCCUCAAAGUAUUAUCGAAACCAUACUCACAAAGAUGCCAUUAAGAGAUGCUGUAAAAACAAGUAUAUUAUCUUCUAAAUGGAGAUACAAAUGGGCUACACUUACACGCCUUAAGUUUGAUGAUAAAUGUGUAUCCGGGACUCGAGAUAGAUCACUUGCAAAGAACAAUCUCGUAAAUUUUAUCAAUCGGUUUCUUUUUCUUCACGAUAGUCCAAUCAAUGGGUUCGCUUUAUCUACUACUUAUCUACGAAGCUCCCCCAAUAUAGAUCAAUGGCUGCUUUUCUUAUCAAGAAAAGAUGUUAAAGAAUUGGUUCUUGAGUUUAAAAACAAGUUGUUUAUAAGAGCACCUUCGUGUCUUUAUUCUUGUCAAAAACUGGUUCGUUUGAAGAUUGUUAAUUGGGAGUUGCCCCCUCCAUUAUCUUUUAAAGGGUUCCCAUUUUUGAAACACCUUAUUCUUCAACAAGUUAGUAUUGCUCCAGAUGCUAUUCAGACUCUUAUUUCAGGUUGCCCGCUUCUUGAGAGCUUGAAUUUAUUGUCUAAUGAUGUUUUAGAACUCACAAUUCGUGCUCCAAACCUAAAGGAUUUAAUCUUGGAAGGUAAUUUUAAAGAAUUAUCUCUGGAGAAUACUGCAAAGUUAGUUGCUAUAUGUGUCAAUCUAUACAUGAACAAUAUAAUUGUCCAACAUUUCGACCAAAGUUCAAGUUGUAAUUUUGACAAGUUUCUUGGUGGGGCAUUGUCCCUUGAGAGGUUUAUCGGACGCUAUUACUUUACGCUUUAUAUGAGUAUAGGUAACACCUUCGGGAAAACACAAAUGAAGUACCAACAACUAAAGGUUAUUGAACUCUAUGACGUAAGCUUUAAGAACAUUAAAGAAGUAAUGGUGGUUCUUCGUUUGAUUUUAAAUUCCCCUAAUCUUCAAGAACUUCAAAUUUCGGGUGCAUGGGUGUCAUCAACUGCAACAGAAGCUCCCGCUUUGGAUUUCUGGGAGAAGGAAUGCCCCUCUGACUCCACAUUUGAAAGGCUUAAGAUGGUAAAGAUGACACAUAUGCAUGGUAUUCCACUCGAGAUUAGAUUGAUAGGGUUUCUGCUUGAGAGUUCACCAGUUCUUAAGACCAUGAGCAUCACCCCGAGAGUGUACAUGAGUACCAAGGACAGAUCAAGCUUUUUGAUCGAGUUAUUGAGGUUUAAACGAGCAUCAACAGAAGCUGAAAUCAUAUUUGUUAAAGAUGAGAUGUUUUAUGAACUUCGUGCUAAUGGACAGUUUUGA